CAGCUCCCAGGAAGUGCUGUGACAUGUCUCUACAUUUGGUAUCCUCUGUCAGCAACGCCAACCUCCUCCAUUCUGGAUUCUCUCUACUGAGAAUCGACGGUGAUGUGUUUUUGUUUGGCCAGAAAGGAUGGCCUAAGCGAUCCUGUCCCACUGGAGUCUUCAGCAUCCAUUUUAAAAAUGGAGAGCUGAAAUUGCGCCCCAUUUCCUUUUCAAAUGGGUCCUGUUAUCUGCCUCCACUAAGAUACCCAGCCAUAACUCAAAUGGAACCCGAGUCUAGCAAGAAAGAAAAAUAUCUCAUUCAUGGUGGUAGGACGCCCAACAAUGAGCUCUCUAGUCGUCUAUACAUCAUCUCUCAAGAGAGCAGAGGUUGUAACAAGAAGGUGAUACUCCAGUGCAUCGAAAAAGAGUUGGUGGGCGAGGUUCCAGAAUCUCGUUAUGGUCACACAGUCAAUAUUGUGCACAGUCAUGGGAAAACAGCUUGUUUGCUUUUCGGUGGGCGAUCAUACGUCCCUCCAGGACAAAGGACAACUGAAAACUGGAACAGCAUUGUAGACUGUCCUCCUUUAGUCUUUCUAAUCGACUUAGAAUUUGGUUGCUGCAGCUCGUAUACCUUGCCUCAGCUAACCGAUGGUCAGUCAUUUCAUGUCUCCCUGUCUAGGAAAGACUGCGUAUAUGUUCUUGGUGGUCAUACGCUAGCAAGCGACUCUCGACCUCCCAGGCUUUUCAAGUUGCGUGUUGAACUCCUUCUGGGGAGACCAGUCAUCAGCUGCGAGGUUCUCACUGGUGGCAUCUCACUCUCCAGUGCCAUUGUGACUCAAGUGGGCCCAGAAUCUGAAUUUGUCAUCAUGGGUGGGUAUGAAUCCGACAGUAAGAAGCGUCUGGAAUGCAACACGGUCAUUCUGGACGAGAGUGGAAUACACCUCACUUCGAGAGAAUCGCCGGAUUGGACCAGUGAGAUACGGCAGAGCAAGACUUGGUUUGGGGGAAGUAUGGCGGAAGGCUCAGUAAUCUUGGGCGUCCCCGCUGAAGGAAGACAACUUUUAUCUGAAUCAAACUAUUUUUAUUUGGUCAAAUUCCGCCAAGAAGAAGAUCCCUUGCAGAACUGUAGUCAAGAAUCCACCGACCAAGAGCAAGAAGACACAGCUCAGUUAGAAGACUCUGAGGAGUUGUAUUUCAGCCGGGAACCUCAUGAAAUCGAAGACAAUGGCGUGGAUGAUGACACCUACAAUGAGGACGAUGAGGAAGACGAGUCUCAGACAGGGUAUUGGAUCAAGUGUUGUCUGGGGUGUGAGAUUGAUGUAAACACCUGGGUUCCUUACUAUUCCACUGAGUUGAACAAGCCUGCCAUGAUUUUUUGCUCCAGUGGUGAAGGAGGCCAUUGGGUUCACGCCCAGUGUAUGGAUCUGUCAGAAAUUGUGCUUGUCCGCCUUUCUCAGGAGAAUACCAAGUACUUUUGUAUGGAUCACAUGGACAUUGUCAAAGGGCUACAGACACCACCACGGAAGCUGCCACCACUAAAAUCUCCACUCAUGAAGAUGAAGAAUCGAAAAGUGCCUAUUAAAAUGAAGAUGACACCAACAAAGAAGUCCUUUCUCAGAAGACUAUUUGAUUGAGC